CAUUGCUAUAACAUAUGUUCACAUUUUCAAAGUGAACAUUUUAUAAGUGAGGCACUGGCAAUAGAAUUAUACAAUAAUUCAACAAGGAUUGGGCAAGGGGCAAGGAAAAGAUUCUUGUUGGCAUGGCUGCUAUUGUAACCGGUGCUCUGUUGGGACUCCUUUUGGCCGCAUGCGUAAGCCGAGCACUGAUGAGCCAGAGGAUGAAACGUGAGGUGUCUGGUGCCAGCUAUCACACCUUCUAUGAGGGAAGCAUGACCGUUCCGUAUUGCACAACAUGGGCAUCUUGCUCCAUCCCAUUUACCUUUGAUGAUGACGUAAAAAACAUGAAAGGUGCCUGUCUGACCAAAAAUGAAUAUGGAAAUUGGAUACUCCUUACCAAGCGAGAAAUGGUGGUAUUUGAACUAUCAGAAGAAGAGACAAUUACCUGUGACAUCCCUUCCUUCACUGUACAUUGUGUAACUAAAGAUUUUUGUUCUGCUGCAGUGACCAGGGAAGACUGUAAGGACUCUAAAAAGGAUGAGAGCUGGACAAUUGUUUUACCGGAUGAGUACUUAAUAUUUGAAUUGCAAGAAGGGGUUGGGUUGAUUUGUGAAAAUCCCAGUACGCCUUCCACUUCCCCAAAACUAACAGUGGGGAUUCAGGAACGCAUUUUAGGUUGUAAAACAUCCACUGAUACACAGGUUCGUGCUGUAAUGUUAAACAUAUCAUACACUGAUGGGGAACCAGAGGGACUGACAUAUGUGUGUAAAUAUACAGGAAAAGAGUCAUCUGAACCUCUUUUAAUGUAUAUCAGGAGACCUGUAAUGGAUGGGAAAUUAUUAAACAACCGACAAAAGGAAAAAGGGACCAUGCACGGCACCAUUUAGGCUCCCUGCACGCCUCCUCAUGGGAACUUGAUAAUACCUUUGUAAAAACUGCCAAAGAUGUGUUCAAUGUGACAAAUGUUCAGGGACCAUGUUGGGUAUGUGGGUUUGUGCCUCACGGGCAGACUAGGGGUUAUCCUUAUUUAGGUGUCCCUUUAACCAUGAGUAUGCUUGCCGAUAUGAUUGGGAAUAAGACUGUGUGGAAUUUUACAGGUCUUAACACACCAGGUAGGGAUGACUUGCUGGAUAAGUUGCAUCUAGCUAAUAAUGUGACUACAGGUGCUAUUAUGUUUCAGAAUCUAGAUGGGGAUAUAUAUAGUACUAAUAACCUAACCCAGCUACCUGACAUGAUAAUGUUAAUGUAUAACAUAGGACGGCUAGUUAAAAAUAGGACAGGGGUAUUCAACAUUAAACUGAAAUUCUAUGACUUCUCAUAUUUGACAUAUGCCCAUGAGAAAUGGAAGACUAAGUUUGGUGAGCCCAGAGACCUUAUUAAAGACUGGUACCAGCUUAAUAGGGAAACACUAGCAGGUAACACACGGACUAAGGAUGGGAGGAAGCGAUUGAAUAGGAUAUGUCCUCCUUUUGUUAAGCUGCCAGUGGGAUAUUAUUGGUUGUGUGGGAGGUGGGCAGUAAAGGUAAUACCUUGCACCCAUUAUGGCCCAUGCUUUUUAGGAUAUAUAUUCCCUGCUUUUAACAUAACCACCACGCUUCCACCACCUAUAUUGCAUAGAACACGAAGAUACCUUGACCUGGACAAAAUACACAAUGGAGUUAAAAUUAGUGAAGGUAUGAGCCUGCUUGCAACAUUUGUCCCUCAUUAUGGUGCUGCUACAGCCCUCACUAGAUUAAACACGCUAGCUGAUUUAGUAGAUGAAGCUUUUAAUGUAACUGGAGAUGCAAUAAAGCUUUUAGCAUUAGAACAGGAACAAAUUAGGAUGGUGGCAUUACAGAAUAGAAUGGCUCUAGACUACCUCCUAGCUGCAGAAGGAGGAGUUUGCCAGAGAAUCCACCAGCAAUGCUGUGUGUACAUAGAAGACAAUGCAGGAAGAAUCAAACAUGACCUACACAGAUUAGAAGAAGUGCAAAAGCACAUACGUGAGGUACAUGACGAUUCAUUUAGCAAAUGGCUUAAAGACUUUGACUGGACUUUUGGACUGGGGGGAUGGCUUGGAAGCUUAGGCAAAACUAUAGUUAAAUGGCUAUUAAUAAGUCUGGCUUGCUUGUGUGCGAUAUUCAUUAUAGUAAAAAUGUUUGGAUGUUUCUGUAAUACAUUAGGUAGGAUGUGUUUUAAACCAAAAGACAAUAUUACUUGAGUGGAUAAGUCUUAAUUAUUAAGGUAUGUGUUUAGAAACAAGCAAGGUGUCACAUGACCAAGGGGUGGAAUGUAAGGAAAGUGGUUGCAGUAAUUGCUCAUGCGACACUUGCUUAAACUUGUGUGACUUUGCCUUUAAGAGAGUGAAAGCAUAAGACACUUGCACUAACUUGUGUGACUUUGCCUUUAAGAGAGUGUGCCUUUAACAGAGUAAAAGACAUUAAUUAACUUCAAGUAGAUGACACUGAAUUUUGCUAAGUCAUGCUACAAGUGGUAAACAACCGAUGGAUGCUGAUGAUAAGAAGUCAAAACCCAGACAGAACAAGGGUGUAACCUUGGCAGGGGUCACUUACUGACAUUAAGGAACAUCUUGAUAACACAUUGGUAUAGGGGCUAAUGCCAUGGUAAUAUUGUUAAAAGAUUAAUUAUUAUUAAUUGCAAUAGGCUAAGUAAUAUUAAUUGCAAUAGGCUAAGUAAUAAAGCCAUUAUGAUGUUUAGCUAUUAAUUAUAUCUAUGGAAAGAUUGUUAAAACUAUUAUUGAUGUAUUUGACAAAAGUAACUGCAUAAGACCACAUAAUUAAUAUUAGGCAGAAAAACAUGUUUUUUUGAAACUAAAGAUGACGGCAUUGCAGUUUAGGAAUACGUCAGAGAUAGUACCUGGGCAUGCCCUGAUAAGCUUGGUUGAGGCUAAGACAGACUGGCCAGAUGUCUUGGGCCACGGCCAACCUCAGAGGGAGCGGUCUCAGGAUCUGUGGAGUUGCGCCAAAACUGUUAAACAAGUGAACAGUAUAAAAAAAGGGUACCUGUGGGCAAUCUGAUCAGUCUGAGAGUCUGAGUGUCCGAGUGUCUGUGUAUUUUUGGUGUGUGUAUUUGAGUGUAUUUUUGGGACCUGUGGAUGGACGCAUCUUCAGUGUUGUUUUUUCCCGAUGAUCGCCUGUUUUUCUCCUGGUCCAAAGAUUGCCCAGAUGUCCCCUCCCAUUGCGCCCCAGAAGCGGCAGGAUAGGAUGAUGCAACCAGAGAUCACGGUGAUGUAUUAAUUUGUUUGUUUAAAACUAGCUAGACUUGUUUUAGUGGUAAUACAACAUAAGAUUGUUAUCAGUCGUUGCGCAGACAACUGAAUGUAACUAAAAGCUGCAUAGAUGAUUAUAUGAGUAUUGCAAUUGCAUAGAGUGUUAUAAGCAUGAAUAGUGGUUUGUGGUAUUUUGUUUCCAUGAUUAUGUUGCAGAAUAAAACCAUCAUUGUUAUUAUAAGAUUGUGAAAA